AAAGAAACGCCCAGCAAAGGAAGAAACGGCGCGACAGAAGCGGAAACGUUUUCAGAAGGAGGAAGCGGAGAAGAGAAAGAAAGAAACUCAACACCUAUGGUGUAAACGAAUUCAGGUUGUGCUCGUUCAUAAUCCAUACGACUUUAGACUUGGCAGUAGAGGAUACUGCGAUGCCUGGCAGAACAUUUAUCGUGAUCUGAUCAAAGACAAACUGCUAGCACCGGACGAAACAUCUCGGGGGAAAAUUCGCGGCACAACUGUCUACCAUGUCGAAAAACUAUCAGAAGAAGUACAUUGAAAAGCCAACGGGAGAUGUGCCACCGAUGCAAACUGAAGUUGAUGAAUUGCUCGCUGAACUGUAUCAACUCAAGCAGAAUGGUCCUAAAGAGAUGUCCGAGAAAGACCAAGCCAGUGCUAAGCGGAUCAAAGCAUGCAGGCUUGGUAUGCGGACGGGUAACAAAGUAAAAGCCAUCAAUCAGCUGGACUGCGAUUCAGAUGCUGACGAUGCGCCUCCAGAGGGAUCUGAAGCAGCUAUGCAAGCCGUCGAACUGGCUGACAUCGAAGCGACCACAAUCGGUGGAACAGCACGGCGCGCGGCAAAUUUGCAACUUACGGAUCCUUCAUGGAAGUAUGCCAUUAGCGCCCGGAACAGCCUUGUAGAAACGAUGCAGUCGUUUGUUUCUACAUUGGAUACAACUGCAAAUGAAGAUGACUCUUUGAAUUCUACUGGUCGGUCCAGUUCUGGAUCGUCCAGUAAUGGGAAAGGGAGAGAGAAAAAAACUCGCCGAUUGAAACCGCCAGCGGAAAAGCCGCGGUACAGGAGAAAAUCUGGGAUGAAGAGAAAAAAGAAAUGGAUAAAGAGCGGAAAGCGCAGCAGGCGAAAUUGGAUCAUGAUAAGGAACAGCGAGAAAAGGAUCGUGAGUUGGAAAAAUACAAGCAUGAUUCGAUGA